AUGGUGCACCCCGAUAAUAUCUCAAAAGAAUUAGUUUCUACAAACGAUGUUUCUCCGAAUGUUCAAGGAGUUGUCGUAAAGUCAGUAGAUGUCGGCGUUGACUUUAAUAACAAACAAGAGUUUGAUGAUUGUGAUAACAUGUUCACAUGGAUUCGUAGGACUGCAACUAGACUUGGUUUGGAUGUGGUUAUAGGAAGAUCGAAUAAUGGUUCAGAAAGAAGAAAUGCUUUUGUAACUUAG